UGGUCACAUGACUUACAAGCAACCCACUGUCACCUCGGAAACCAGGAGCGCCGGCCGCUCUUAUCCAAUCAUGUCAGGAAUGCUGGCCGUCACUCGGCUCAGGCUAUUUCUGCAGUCUGUCGCUAGUGCUUGGUAGUGCUAAGAGUCUGGUAUACAGGGAUCCUUCUUUUUUUUUUUUUUUUUAUCCCCCCCCUCACCCUUCCUCUCUUUAGCUCCACUCUGCCAUUCCUUAGAGUGCGCUGUGUAAAGUUGUCUGCUCUUUUGCAGUGGCUUUUUCAGUUUUUGUGGUGUGACUUCUUUCCUCCGUAGAGUUUACUGUGGAAGGAAAGUUGUGGAAGAGACUCAGAGAGGGUGGGAGGGGGGGUUAGGGAGAGUGGAAGAAAAAAAAGGGGAUCAGUCAUCCAGCCAGCCAAAAGAGAGAAGUGGGCGACACUAAGAGACAGAGACUGGAGCCAGAGGAGAGAACCAAACAGCCAGGCAGAGAGACAGUGAGAGGGAACGGGAGCUGUGGGACGUGAGGUGAAAAUGGCUCAACGUCUGCGUUUGUACUUUGGCUCAGGCCGCAGUAACACAGCCCCGGAGAUACUGGAAGGAGACUCUGAGGAGCAGCAGGGAGACAACGAUGUGGUCACGGCAAUCCGCAUGCGGCCGCCUCCGGUGCCGACGUUCUCUCAGGAGCCAGCUGCGCAGCAUGCCCCACCGAGAGCUUCACGGUCGGAGCCUUCUCUCAAACGCAGCUCCUCCAUGUUCAUACCCCAGCUCGCCGCCUACGCCGAGCCGCGGCCCACCAAGAGCUCCUCCAUGCACAUCUCCCUCCAGCGCUCCAACGGAUCAAGUAAUGGAGAUUCCCGUGGUUAUGCCGAUGAUGUCCCGCCACCCUGUUAUACUCCUCCAGGACCUGCGCCUGCCUAUACAGAACCACAGAUCCAAGACGACGUUCCUCAACACCCGCCUCCUCCGUACUACAGCCCAGAUACUUUAAACUCACAAACUCUUCUGACAGAGCCGAACCUGCCCAAACGCAGGGUCUUUAGUAUUGGCUCCAAUGGCAAUACUAUGUAUAGCAGCGGCCAACCUGGUAUCAGUGUUGGUGGGAUUUGCAUCCAGAGGAACUCCCCUGAUGGUUCUGAUAUCCAGCAUUUCAGAAUCCACCCUUAUGGGGGUACUGGUUGGUCUGUGCAGCAGCAGAGCCUGGACCAGUCUGUUAAUGGUGGAACACAGAGACUAGUGUUUCAGCUCCAGAACCAGGAUCAGAGUCAGGCUGCUGCAUCCCAGGAAGAAUGCUCAGAUGUUGGCUAUGCCAGCUCAAGAGGUAGCCGCAUGGUGCGUUACCCCAGAAUUCGACUGGAGAGAAGCUCGCCUCAUCAGAGGCUGUUGCUGGAAAAUCAACACGAGGAAACUGGUGCAGAUGGAAAAGCUGUAGAGGAGAACCAAACAGACGUGGAGAGAACGGAAGCAAGGAACCGUUCUAAUGGUUGUACUUUCAAAAUCAGUGGGGAUUCAUCCAGGAGGCAGCCUCAUGUCAAGAUAUAUUUUACCCAGGGCAGAGGUGGAGAUCAGGAUGUCAGCCAUGGCAAUGAUUCAGAGAGGAAUGAACCCAAGACCAGAGAUGAUUUCCUGGGACAGGUUGACGUUCCUCUCAGUCAUUUGCCGACAGAGGACCCUGCUAUGGAGCGGCCCUACACAUUUAAAGACUUCCUGUUGCGGCCCAGAAGUCACAAGUCCAGGGUGAAGGGUUACCUGCGUCUGAAGAUGGCCUAUCUGCCCAAACAAGGUGGACCGGAGGAGGAUGCUGGAGAGAUGAGGGAGGAGGCUGAGGCAUGGGAUGAGUCCGCGGACCAGGGCACCCAGCGACCCCAGCAGCUGCUUCCUCCUUUGCCCACAGGCUGGGAAGAGAAGGUGGACAACCUGGGACGCACCUACUAUGUCAACCACAACAACCGCAGUACACAGUGGAAACGGCCCUCCACCAUGGAUGUGAUUUCAGAGACUGAGAGUGACAAUCAACAGCGGCAGAUCAAUCAGGAAGCACACCGUGUUUUCCGUUCGAGACGCCACAUCAGCGAAGACCUGGAAAACGAGCACCUGGAGCCCCGGGACAUGGACAACGUGAGAGAUUCUUGGGAGCUCAUCACAGAAGAGGAUCCUAACGACAGCAUGGCCACGUCUUUGCCCGGCCCUUCUUCCGUCUUGACACCACAACUACCACCGACACCCGCAACCCAGGAGUUCGCUGAAGAUUUAAAUCUGAGGCUGUCACUCACUCCCGAUACCAAUGGCGAAGUGCCAGGGCCCAGCUCUGCUCUGAGCCAGCUGUCAAACAGACUCCGAUCCUCAAGUAUGACGGAUGGCGUCAGUGAUCAGGCCCAGCCUCCUCCUCCUCUUCUGCAGGGUUCCCAGACCAGAAGAACAAGAGCUCAAACAGUCUCAGGUGGUGAGGAGUCUAUGUCUCCCUCAGCGACUGCUUACGCCUUGACCACCCCCGGCCUGCCCCCCGGAUGGGAGGAGAGGAAGGACGGCAAGGGAAGAACUUAUUACGUCAACCAUAACAGCCGCACCACUACCUGGACUAGGCCAAUUGUGCAGGUACAGCAGCUGACUGAAGACGGAGCCAGCACCUCAACAGCAGGAGCAGGAGCAGCAGCAGCAGCGUCAGGAGGAGCCUCGGCCCUGGCACCCCCAUCCACUCCCUCCUCCUCCUCCUCCAAUGCCUCCAACAACCACCUCCAUGAGCCCCAAGUCCGACGACCUCGUAGCCUCAGCUCCCCUACUGUCACCCUUUCCACCCCCUUGGAGGGAGCCAACAACAUCCAGGUGCGGAGGGCUGUAAAAGACACAUUUUCCAACCCGCAGUCUCCCCAGCCGUCCCCCUACAGCUCACCCAAGUCACAGCCCAAGACGCAGCAGAGCUUCCUGCCCCCAGGCUGGGAGAUGAGGAUAGCCCCCAACGGACGGCCUUUCUUCAUCGACCACAACAGCAGAGUCACCACCUGGGAGGAUCCCAGGUUGAAAUAUCCAGUCCAUAUGAGGAGUAAGAACUCGAUCGAGCCUGGCGAACUUGGUCCUCUUCCUAACCUACUAGAGGAGCCUGGAUGGGAAGAAAGAAUUCACUCGGACGGACGCACCUUCUUCAUCGACCACAAUACAAAGAACACGCAGUGGGAGGACCCUCGUCUGCAGAGUCCGGCUAUCACAGGACCUGCUGUUCCCUACUCCAGAGAGUUCAAGCAGAAAUACGACUACUUCAGGAAGAAGUUGAAGAAACCGGCUGACAUCCCCAACCGAUUCGAGAUGAAGUUGCACAGGAACAACAUCUUUGAGGAGUCGUACCGUCGAAUCAUGUCCCUGAAGAGGCCGGAUGUUCUUAAGGCUCGGCUAUGGAUCGAGUUUGAGUCAGAGAAAGGACUGGACUACGGCGGCGUAGCCAGAGAGUGGUUCUUCCUCUUAUCGAAAGAGAUGUUCAACCCCUACUACGGCCUCUUCGAAUACUCCGCUACAGACAACUACACUCUCCAAAUCAAUCCCAACUCUGGCCUGUGCAACGAGGAUCACCUCUCCUAUUUCAAGUUCAUUGGACGUGUGGCAGGAAUGGCCGUGUUUCACGGGAAACUACUGGAUGGUUUUUUCAUCCGACCCUUCUACAAGAUGAUGCUGGGAAAACAGAUCUCCCUUAAAGACAUGGAGUCUGUGGACAGUGAAUACUACAACUCUCUGAAGUGGAUCCUGGAGAACGAUCCCACUGAGCUGGACCUCAGGUUCUGCAUUGACGAGGACAACUUUGGACAGACGUACCAGGUCGACCUGAAGCCCAGCGGCUCAGACAUGGUGGUCACCAACGAGAACAAAAAGGAAUACAUAGACCUGGUCAUCCAGUGGAGGUUUGUCAAUCGGGUCCAGAAGCAGAUGAACGCCUUCCUGGAGGGCUUCACCGAGCUCAUCCUCAUAGAUCUGAUCAAGAUCUUUGAUGAAAACGAACUGGAGCUGCUCAUGUGUGGUCUGGGUGACGUCGACGUCAACGACUGGAGACAACACACUGUUUACAAGAACGGCUACUGUCCCAACCAUCCUGUCAUACAGUGGUUCUGGAAGGUUGUCCUCUUGAUGGACGCUGAAAAGAGGAUCCGACUCCUCCAGUUUGUUACGGGAACGUCACGAGUGCCCAUGAAUGGCUUUGCCGAGCUUUAUGGUUCUAAUGGGCCUCAGCUGUUCACAAUCGAGCAGUGGGGAACACCAGAGAAGUUGCCAAGAGCUCACACAUGUUUCAACCGCUUGGAUCUGCCCACCUACGAAUCAUUUGAGGACCUGAGAGAGAAACUCCUCAUGGCUGUGGAGAACGCGCAGGGCUUCGAGGGCGUCGACUAAGACGGCGGCCUCUGGCUGCAUUCAAACCAACCAACCAAUGAUAAAAAAACAAACAAAACAAAAAGCCACAGGCAUAUCAAAACCAGCUGCCGUAGCAGUUCUGUGCGAGCGUGUUGUACUGUAAUGCCUGACUGUGAGCCACUUCCACAGCACCGGUGGCUCGAGACUGUACAGCGAUUUGUCGAAGCCAACACGCCUACGUCUUUAAAUCUUUUCAGAGUGGGUGGGUCACUCCUUAAAGGUGCUGGGGAAAGAGCGGGAGAGUCGCACUGUUGAAUGCUGAAAUCUAUUAUCCACAGGCAUGAGCGAUGAAUGAGCUGGCCCCUGAUCUGCCGUUUCUUUCCCCCCCUCUACCCUCGUCCUGUGAAAAUCUACAGUGCUGGAAAACACUAAUGCAUUUCAAUAGCUCCUUUAUGUACACUAUAGCACAGUAUUCAAGCACCCUUCAGUGGAGGGGACUUAGCAUGGCCUUAAUCUGGCUCCUACAUGCACUAUUUCUCUGCGAAACUGCAAUGGCACUAUGAUCACAACUCUCUCAAAUCCUUAGACCAACACCAGAUUACCUUAGGAAUGCUAGCCAAUCACAUUUCAGGAAAUCGGCCACACCCCUCCGUAGAGCCUUGUCUAUAUGUUGUGUGAUCAGAAACCGCCGAUGCAGCCUUUUUGUAGAAUAAUGUUUUUGUUUUUUUUAGCCACUGGUAAAGAUUCAAAAACGGGGAUGAGAUAAUCCCCCCAAUUUUUUUUUUUUAUAGUUUUUGUCACCAUGGAUUCUUUUAAAAAAAAUCAUUGGUAUAAUUCUUGCAGGAAAAUACUCUCAACGUAUUUGUACCGAUGAACAAUGUUGUUUACUUAUAUAUAUGACAUGGUGUGUGAAAUGUAAAUCUGGCUAGUCUGGGAAAUAAUGAAUCCAUAUCAUUUGUUAUGGUGAUAGCAAAUGUGUUGAAUUAAAUGUUUUUUUUAUCGUAGUGCUAUGAAAGCAGCAUGAAACCGUAUCUUGUGUUUGCUUCGACUACAUCGUAGUAAUCUGGACGUGUAAUCGGUCUCGAGGUCGAGAGUAAGGAGAAUAGUUUCUCUGCGUCACGAUCGUAUUAAUAUUCAUGCCUGUUCAUAAUGCUGUAAAUUGUUCUUGGGGUAAAAAAAAAAACACAUUUUAAGUUCUUUCAUGAUAUGAUAUAAAUAUAUGUAUGAAUUUAACAGAAGUAUUACUGAUCAACGACACUAAAAUGAAGCUGUGUGCGUGCGCGGGUGUUGGAGAGAAAAGCUGUGAUUGCCACUGAAUAUAAAGCAGCACGUUUCUUACAAAGAAAACAAAUGUUUUUCUUUUUUAUGUUUUUGUUUCUCUCCUUUUUCUAACACCAUUGAACCUAAAGGGCACUUUAUAGAUCACUCUGAGGUCAUGUCGCCUAUUGUAUGUCUGUUGUCAUUAACUCGAAUGUGAUUCUUUUUUUCCAUUCACAGCACUUAAACCUGGUGCAAUAUAAAUAGUCUGUAAAUCUGGGCUGCUGCUAAGGUAGAUAAAGUUGACAGAAGUGAAGCAGAGACUUCACAUCCAUUUAGUCUUCUCUAGUUCCUCUCUUCUUUUGUCCUCUAUUUCUCCUCCCUUGUGUUUCCUCCCUGCUGUGAUCCCACCACUCCAACUCCUUUUUUUUAAAUGAACGACAGGAAAUAUCACUUUUGUUAAAGAUUCCACCACUCUCUGCAACUCUUUGUGGUUCAUUUAACUUCAGUCAAUAAAAAUUAAACUUCUCAA